CAGUCCUGCCAGGGUCAGUGUGUGUGUUUUUUUUCAAUGAACAUGAUUUCUGGAGUCAAGGUUGUCGGGUCAUUCCCCCCUCCCACCCACUGGAGAUAUAAAUAGCACUUACAGCCCAGAACACAGCGCCAGAGAGCUGGGAGGAAGUAGAAGCAGAUCGCCAACCAUGAGCUCCAGCCAACCAGGGGCCUGCCCAUGCCAGGGUGCUGUAGGGCGCCCAGCCAUUCUGUAUGCACUUCUGAGUCCCAGCCUCAGGCCUGUCCCCCCACCCCGUAGCCACUGCCUGUGCAGACAGCACCGGCCUGUCCAGCUGUGUGCACCUCAUCGGACCUGCAGGGAGGCCUUUGACGUCCUGGCCAAGACAGUGGCCUUCCUCAGGAACCUGCCAUCCUUCUGCCAGCUGCCUCCCCAGGAUCAGCGGCAACUGCUGCAGGGUGGGUGGGGCCCCCUCUUCCUGCUUGGGUUGGCCCAAGACACUGUGACCUUCGAGGUGGCUGAGGCUCCGGUGCCCAGCAUACUCAAGAAGAUCCUUCUGGAGGAGCCGAGCAGCGGCAGAGGUGGCAGCCAGCUGCCAGACAGACCCCAGCCCUCACUGGCUGCAGUGCGGUGGCUUCAGUGCUGCCUGGAGUCCUUGUGGAAUCUGGAGCUGGGCCCUAAGGAAUAUGCCUACCUGAAAGGGACCAUCCUCUUCAACUCUGACCUGCCAGGCCUCCACGCCUCCUCCCACAUUGGGCACCUGCAGCAGGAGGCUCACUGGGCACUGUGUGAAGUCCUGGAGCCCUGGUGCCCAGCAGGCCAAGGCCGCUUGGCCCGUGUCCUCCUCACAGCCUCCACCCUCAAGUCUAUCUCACCCAGCCUGCUUGGGGACCUCUUCUUUCGCCCUAUCAUUGGAGAUGUUGACAUCACUGGACUCCUUGAGGACAUGCUUUUGCUGAGGUGACCUGCUCUGAUUCCAGCAGAGAUCAGGUGAAGACUGUGGACAGAGGCUGUACAGACAGCACUUGGCCCCUCACUCGGCCACACACUGUCUGGGACUGCCUUGGUUUGGAUAUAGUGCCUAGCAGGCCUUUGGUGGUCCCUGGAGCCUCUGAGCCUAGACUCCUGUCCCCUUCUGAGUUGGGAAAGAAAGCUUAGGCUGUCAUUGGACCAGAAGUCCUACUGCUUUGUACAGAACUGAAUUAAGUUAUUGAUUUUUGUAAUAAAAGGUGGGAUACCUUUGGAAGGAUAUCUUUUGUGCAUGUAAAAGGGACUAUCUCAC